CUAACUCUACAAUGUUACUUGCCCCUUCUUCUUGUCUCGAUUUGGAAUAAGAAAUUGAUUAGAAUCUCAUGGAGAACAACAACAGCACCAUCAACAACAAUGGGAAAUCAAGGAUUUUGCUUGUUAACUUGGUUGAAAUGAUUGAAGAUGGUAUAUCUGCAUUGGAAGCCAAGUUGUUUGAUGCUGAUGGUUGUGUGGGAUUGAUCAAUUGUGUGGUGUGAGAUUAUAAGAAGUGUAAGACAAUGUUACAGGUUGUGGAAUGUUUCCUAGUAAUUUCAAAAAAGAUUCAACAGAAUUUCAGAAAAUGUAAGAAGAAAUUGGAGUUUUUUUGUGGCACUUGUCCUUGAGGACAAGGAUAUCUUCAAGGCGGUAGGAGCACAUCUGUGGUUUAAGUAUUGCAAAUGUAUCAAAGACAAGCUAUUGAAAGAGGGGGAACAUGUGUAUUCAAAGCUAUAAUAGAAGUUGAAGUCACAAUUCCUUGAGCAGUAUUUCUUCUCACAGUUUAGUUCUUGGGAAUUUUUCAAAGUUCUUUUCCAUGUGUCUAGCUUGAAAAAGAUUGAGUUGCUGAAUUUCUUAAUGAUGAAACCGCUUGUUGAUGGAGUUUGUUCUUCAUUCAAGAAGCUGGUGUGAAUGAAGAUGUGUUUGGUUGUUAUACAAAGUGGCUAUGGCCAUUUACCUCUCUCUUGGUUAGAUACUAAUGCUAGGGAAAGGAGAUGCAUUCAUGAAUUUGCUUCACAUAGUUUCUGGAAUUUUAGUGAUGUGUUGUUUGAUAGAAGAAAUAUGGAUGUUGCUUGUUUGGGGCAGAGUUGUACAUGUUGUACAUGGAUAUAUAAGUUGAUAUAAGUUUUGAAUUUCAACCUCUCAACCUUGAGGACUAGGUUGUCAAAAGGAGAGUGCAUUGACGCAUACCCAUUUUAGAUAUGCUAUGAUAUAAAAGGUGAGGAUGAUU